CACACAAAAAAAUAUUACGGUAAUGACAAAAGUAACUUACUUUUGAAUUAAAAAGUUGUUAAAAUUUGCUACAUUAAAAGUUUUUUUCUUGUUUUGAAAAUGAAAACUUUUACUGCUACAGUUUUUGAAAAUCUCAUUGCUCACUGAUUUAAAAGUUUUUACUUUUAAUUCGACUGUAAAAUUUCUUUCAUUUUGACGUUCUCGUGUAACCGUGUACGCCUAAGUCGCAAAUGUAAACAAACACUUUGGUGGGUCCGGUGGUGCUGGUGAGUCUAGGACGCAAAGCAAAGCCGACCGCGGCAGCAGCCAGGACUCGGACGCGGAACCUUCGUGAGCCAAACAGCAGCAGCGGAACGCCUUCGAAGGAGGGUGGUGCAGGAGCGGGACGAGGUCGAGUGCUCGAAAAGGACAAGGCCAGCUUCCUGCAGGAACUGCAGCUGUUCCACGGCCGGAAUGCGUAAGAAGGAAGCUUGGGUGUUUUGUGGGGUUUGUGAUUGAUUUUGUUUGUUUUUGUAGGAUGAGAGGUAGGAAUGUGGAUUCGCACCGGUUGUAUUGGGUGGUGGUGGCCCGGGAUUGGUGGUUGAAGGUCAAUUCGCGUGAGGACUGGGCGAGAUCAUCGAGGAGAUGGCGCUGCCGAAGCGUUGCGUGAACAACGAGAUUGCGUUGAAGAAGAUAAACAUCCGGGUUUUGGACAAGUACGAGACAGGUGAUUUUCACGGUGAGGAGAAGGAGCCGACGAAGAGGAGGACGACGAGAAGCGGGAUAAUCGGAGGUGGCCAGAGCGGAUGUUGCACUCGGUGCCGGCGGUUUACAACACCGGUGACAACUAACCGCCCACAAAUGCUCAUCUCGCGACGGCGCAGCUCCAGCCGAAUGAACCUGGACAGCGUGCCGAAAAAAUCUGUGUCAUUCUCGAAGGAGGAUGAAGUGCUCGAAAUCGAAUUCCGUUCCGAGGGCCUCAUCAACCCAAUGUUCCGGAUGCGCUUCCAGAAUCUGGAACUCCCCGUUCAGGCACUUCACUUUCCAGCCGGGAAACGUCGAUCACCCUUGCCGAAUCUACAGUCAACUUCUCCAAACCUGUCCUGAUGAAGGCCGGCAACGUGACCAUCCUGUUCUCUACUUUGCUGUCGCGCGUCGAAACGUCCAUCCGGAACUGUCCAGCUUGGGGUCUUCGGAAGUGACCGGUGGCGUACCAUAAGAAUCGGUACAGCUUGGACUCGGAUUUUGGCCAGAAGCGUUAAAUACAAUAACAAAAUGUCUUUUUUUAACAUACUGUUUAAAACUUUUAAAAAUAAACAUAAAAUCAAGCCUAGAAUCAAGCCCAUUUUUCUGAAACUAUCACUGUAGUA